AUGACCUUUCCUCUGGAGAAGUCGCAAUAUAAGAUUUUAAAUCAAGUUGGUAAAGGUGUUACAGCUGUAGUUUAUGUUGCUGAAUGCCUUGCCAAUGGACGUACGGUCGCCCUUAAGACAAUUGACCUCGAAACAUGCCCAAUCGAAAUAGAAAACCUUCGUCAUGAAGUUGCAUUCUGGAGCACAUCACAGAGUCCAAAUGUCGUCAAAUACCAUGGAUCUUUUGUUGAAGGAUCCGUUCUUUACAUAGUUAUGGAGUACAUGUCAGCUGGCUCCUGCUAUGAAAUCAUGAGAUACUCAAAUAAGAAAGGAAUUCAAGACGAAGCAAUUAUUGCUGCCAUCCUUCAUGAAGUUUUACAAGCCCUUUGCUAUUUCCAUGAUAAUCGUCAAAUUCACAGAGAUAUCAAGGCCGGUAACAUCCUUAUCAACGAGCAUGGUGAUGUUAAGAUUGGCGAUUUCGGUAUUUCAGCCAACCUUCUUGAAGGAGGUCAAAGAAAACGCGCAAGAUUUACAGUUAUUGGUACACCUUGCUACAUGGCUCCUGAAGUAUUGAAGGAGGAAGAAGGCUAUACAGAGAAGGCCGAUAUCUGGAGCCUUGGUAUUACAGCGAUUGAACUCGCAAUUGGAGCAGCUCCAUACGCAAACCUCUUCCCACUUGAAGUUAUUGUCAAGAUCGUCAACUCACCACCACCACAGCUUCCAGAAGACGCCAAAUUCAGUUCCGCCUUCCGUGAUUUCAUCAAAUCAUGCCUUGUACAGAGCCCAGCCAAGAGACCUACUGCUCAUCAACUUCUUGAGCACAAGUUCUUCAAGCAGGCCAAGGAUAUCAAGGGACUCACGAAGAAACUCGUUGAAUCUCUUCCUCCUCUCGCAACUCGCUUCCAGGCGAUCCACAACUCCCAGCAGGAGCAGCAAUCGCCAAAGCCACAAGAGAUCUUUACAUGGGAAUUCCCAACAGAAGACCCUCAAACUCCGGUAGAAGUUCCUUCACCAGUUCCUAAAAAAGUGACACCUGCGGCUGCCCCUGCUCCACAGCCAUCCGCUGCAGCACCAGCCGCACAACCACAGGCUCAGCCGGCACAGCAGCCACAGGGCGGAGAAGGCGCUAAGACAGUUUCGAGAGUUGGCAAAUUCACAAUUACAAAGACAGAAAAUACAGCAGCUCCAAAGGAACAACAGGCACAAGCAGCUGCUCAGCCGGAGAAGAAGACUGUCGCAAAGACAUCUUCCCAGGAAAUUUCAAAGGAUGAUGAAGAUAAAAUCGCAGCAAUGCAAGCGGAAAUCAAGGACCUCAAGGCCAAGGUCGAGUUCUUAAAGAACCAGAAUGUCUCCCUCAAGAACCAACUCGACGCACUUACAAACGAUGUUAAACAGCUUAUGAAAUAA